AAUACUGAUUACUGAAAGCAAACAUGGAGGGCAAAUGGAAGUUGGCUGAUCACCCGAAGCUACCCAAAGGGAAGAUCAUCGCCGUCGUCGUUUUGGAUGGUUGGGGUGAAGCCUCUCCGGACAAAUUCAACUGCAUCCAUGUCGCUGAAACGCCAACAAUGGAUUCUCUCAAAAACAUGGCCCCUGAUAAGUGGAGAUUGGUGAGGGCUCAUGGUACUGCUGUUGGGCUCCCGACUGAUGAUGAUAUGGGAAACAGUGAAGUCGGACAUAAUGCUCUUGGUGCUGGACGGAUAUAUGCUCAAGGUGCAAAACUCGUGGAUCUUGCACUCGCCUCUGGGAAAAUAUACGAAGAUGAAGGUUUCAAUUACAUCAAGGAAUCUUUUGCAAAAAGCACCUUGCACCUUAUCGGGUUAUUGAGUGAUGGGGGCGUGCACUCCCGCCUUGAUCAGUUACAGUUGCUACUUAAAGGUGCUAGUGAACGUGGGGCCAAGAGGAUACGUGUUCAUGUGCUUACAGAUGGCCGUGAUGUUGUGGAUGGUUCAAGUGUAGGCUUUGCCGAAACACUUGAAAAAGACCUUGCAGAGUUACGUAAUAAAGGCAUUGAUGCACAGGUUGCUUCUGGUGGAGGGCGCAUGUAUGUCACCAUGGACCGUUAUGAGAACGAUUGGGAAGUUGUGAAACGUGGUUGGGAUGCUCAGGUUCUUGGUGAAGCCCCACACAAAUUUAAGAGUGUUGUUGAGGCUAUCAAGAAGCUUAGGGAAGCUCCAAAUGCUAAUGACCAGUAUUUACCACCAUUUGUGAUUGUUGAUGAGAGUGGGAAGCCUGUUGGUCCCAUAAUGGAUGGUGAUGCUGUCGUCACAUUUAACUUCAGGGCAGAUCGUAUGACGAUGCUUGCCCAAGCUCUUGAAUAUGAAAAGUUCGAUAAAUUUGAUAGAGUGCGCUUCCCCAAAAUCCGCUAUGCUGGAAUGCUUCAAUAUGAUGGAGAGUUGAAGCUUCCAAGUCACUAUCUCGUUUCUCCUCCAUUGAUAGAGAGGACGUCUGGUGAAUAUCUAGUGCAUAACGGUGUCCGCACCUUUGCUUGCAGUGAAACAGUCAAGUUUGGUCAUGUCACAUUUUUCUGGAAUGGGAACCGCUCUGGAUAUUUUAAUUCAGACUUGGAGGAGUACGUGGAAAUUCCAAGUGAUAGCGGGAUUACCUUCAAUGUCCAACCAAAGAUGAAGGCUCUGGAGAUCGGUAAGAAGGCCCGUGAUGCUAUCCUCAGUCGCAAAUUUGACCAGGUAAGGGUGAAUAUACCAAAUGGUGAUAUGGUUGGGCAUACGGGUGACAUUGAGGCUACGGUUGUGGCCUGCAAGGCUGCUGAUGAAGCUGUUAAGAUGAUUGUUGAUGCAAUAGAGGAAGUGGGUGGAAUAUAUGUGGUGACUGCAGAUCAUGGGAAUGCAGAGGACAUGGUGAAGAGAAACAAGAAGGGGGAGGCUCUUGUUGAUAAAGAUGGCAAAGUUCAGAUCCAAACCUCACACACCCUUCAACCAGUGCCAAUUGCAAUUGGAGGUCCUGGAUUAGCAGGAGGUGUGAAAUUCCGGAAGGACGUACCAAAUGGUGGACUGGCAAACGUAGCGGCCACAGUGAUGAAUCUGCAUGGGUUUGUGGCUCCUGAUGACUAUGAGACCACCCUUAUUGAAGUUGUUUGAUUAAUCAAACCACUCUCUCUUUUGUUAACCAUAUAUCUCUAUAGAGAGGAGAUUUCAUAUCAUUCAAUUUGGCUGGCAUCAUCACAUUUCCAAAAAUAAGCUGGUGUGUUUUUAAGACAAAAAUAUAUGUUUUUGAACCUA